AUGGCUUCUUUCAUCAUGAAAGCUACUAGAAUAUCAGAAGUUGAAGGAUGGGUUACAAUAAAAAGUGCACAUUUCGAGCUCAACGGUUCACCAUUUCUUUUCAACGGCUUCAACUCAUAUUGGCUCAUGCACGUUGCGAGUGAGCCCAACGAGAGGCACAAAGUCACUGAGGUGCUCAGGGAUGCCUCCGCCGCCGGCCUAUCGGUGUGCCGGACUUGGGCUUUUAGCGAUGGAAACCGCUACAACGGACUGCAAAUAUCCCCCGGCGUUUAUGAUGAGCGCGUUUUUCAGGGGCUUGAUUUUGUGCUCUCGGAAGCAAGAAAAUAUGGGAUUCGGUUGAUAUUAAGCUUCGUGAACAAUUGGAAUGACUUUGGAGGCAAAGCACAAUAUGUACAAUGGGCUAGAAAUGCAGGAGCACCGGUUAACAAUGACGAUGAUUUCUUUACUCAAUCAAUCCCCAAAGGUUAUUACAAGAACCAUAUUAAGAAAAUUAUAACAAGGAUCAACACAAUUACUGGAAUUGCAUACAAGGAUGACCCGACUGUGAUGGCAUGGGAACUAAUGAAUGAGCCUCGUUGCCAAGCGGAUUACUCUGGAAAUACUCUUAAUGGAUGGGUUCAAGAAAUGGCAAGGUUUGUGAAGUCAAUAGACAGCAAACACCUGUUGGAGAUUGGAAUGGAGGGAUUUUAUGGGGACUCAGUGCCUGACAGGAAGCAAUUCAACCCUGGUUAUCAAGUGGGAACUGAUUUCAUUAGCAACCACCUUAUUCCUGAGAUUGACUUCGCCACCAUCCAUGUAUAUGCUAAUCAAUGGGUUCCGGGAAAAAGUGAGGACGUUCAGAUGGAAUUUGUAGAGAAGUGGAUAACAAGCCAUUGGCAAGAUGCAAACACAGUGCUUAAAAAGCCCUUAGUGCUUGCAGAAUUCGGAAAGUCAAGCCGGGACGGAGGAGCGUUCACCGUCGGCGUCCGAGAUUCUUUCAUGGCUACGGUUUACGGGCAGAUUUACAACCUCGCCAAGAACGGCGGCGUAAUGGCGGGGACCAUGGUGUGGCAGAUCAUGGCACAAGACAUGGGCGGAUGGGACGACGGAUACUCCAUCGUCCUGCCGGAAAAUCCUUCCACCGCCGCUGUCCUUUCCUCCCAGUCGCACGCCAUGGCGGACCUAUCCCACUCUUUAGCCCUCCAAAGGCUGCCCAGAGUGGAUGGCUGGAUUACGAGAAACGGUGACCGUUUCGAGCUCAACGGCUCGCCGUUUCUUUUUAACGGUUUCAAUUCGUACUGGCUGAUGCAUGUGGCGAGUGACGCCGAUCAGAGGAACAAAGUCACGGAGGUGCUGAAAGAAGCUUCGGCCGCCGGCCUCUCUGUAUGCCGGACUUGGGCCUUCAGUGACGGCAGCCAAUACAACGCAUUACAAACCUCUCCCGGCGUUUAUGACGAACGUGUUUUUCAGGGACUUGAUUUUGUGAUUUCGGAAGCAAGGACAUAUGGGAUUCGCUUAAUAUUAAGCUUUGUGAACAAUUGGUAUGAUUUUGGAGGCAAAGCACAAUACGCAAACUGGGCAAGAGAUUCAGGUGUACAGAUCGAUAGCGAAGACGACUUCUACACUCAUCCUGUUCUCAUAGGCUAUUACAAGAACCAUAUCAAGAAAGUUAUAACGAGAGUGAAUACCGUUACUGGAAUAGCAUACAAGGAUGAUCCAAUCAUCAUGGCAUGGGAACUCAUGAAUGAACCUCGUUGCCAGAAAGAUUAUUCUGGAAAAACCCUUAACGGAUGGGUUCAAGAAAUUGCAAGUUAUGUAAAAUCACUAGACAACAGGCACCUGUUGGAGAUAGGAAUGGAGGGGUUUUAUGGAGAUUCAGAGCCUGAUAGGGAGAAAUUCAACCCUGGAUACCAAGUGGGAACUGAUUUCAUUAGCAACCAUCUUGUUCCUGAAAUUGACUUUGCCACCAUCCAUGCAUACACUGAUCAAUGGGUUUCGGGAGAAAGUGACGAUGCACAAAUGGAAUUCAUGGAGAAUUGGAUGAGGAGCCACUGGGAAGAUGCAAAGACCGUAGUGAAGAAGCCAUUGGUGUUAGCCGAAUUUGGCAAGUCUAGCCGAGACGGAGGAUUUAGCAUCGCCGUUCGCGACUCUUUCUUAACCACAGUUUACAAGAACACAUAUGACUUGGCAAAGGCAGGAGGGACGAUGGCGGGGAGCAUGGUGUGGCAACUCAUGGCACACGACAUGGGUGCGUGGGACGACGGAUACUCCAUCGUCUUGCCAGAGAAUUCGUCGACCGCCGGCGUGAUUUCCGGCCAGUCGCAAGCCAUGAAGAACUUAGCUCGUGACUUGCCUCACUAUGAAGCCUGA